AUGCCGCUGAAGAUUGCUUAUCACGAGCUUGGGCUCCUCUGUCAAGACAGCAAGAAACUGAAAAGUAGUAUUAAUGAUACCCAGAUUAUCAACAACCUGGACUUUGAAUACUGGUUUCCUUUCCAUGGCCGGCCACAACCAUGGGGCCAUCUCCUGUCAGGUGCAAAUUUGACAUUUUUGAGUUCUGAUCAUCCCAGCCUUCCAGAAAGCAUACAAGAAAACACACCGUUUAUACUUCGAAUCACAAGUAUUUAUCAGAUAGCUUUGGAUUCUCUUAAAACGACUUCUGUGGAGCAUGAGGAUGCUGGAAUUAGUCAAGAAGACAAUAAUAAGCUGGUCUUAAAGACCAUUCAAGAUGUGCUAAAAGAAAAACUGCAUAAAAAAGGUGUUCAUAUUUUGACUGGAUUGGAAAAAUACUUAAAACAAUUGGACAAGGAAGGAAAUGGACUUUUAGAUAAGGCAGAUUUUAAGCAAGCUCUAAAAGUAUUUCAUUUAGAAGUGUCUGAAAAGGAUUUUGAGUCAUUGAGGCUGCUUUUGAAUGGCAAUUGCAAUGACAAGUUUGAUUAUGGAGAAUUCACACGUACCAUUAUUGGUGAAAUGAAUGAAUAUAGGAACUCGUUUGUUCGAAAGGCAUUUAUUAAACUGGAUUUCAAUAAAACUGGCAGUGUGCCUAUUACAGACGUAAGAAAAUGGUAUUCUGCAAAGAAGCACCCGCAAGUAAUUUCAGGUCAUUCCACAGAAGAAGAAAUCAAAUCAUCUUUUCUAGAAACAUUAAAAGAUGCUUGCAGCAAGUCUGAUGAAGUGUCAUAUUGUGAAUCUGAAGAUUACUAUGAAGGUGUAAGUAUAGGGAUAGUAGAUGAUACAGAUUUUGUUACUAUCUUGCAGACUCCGUGGGGGGUUUAG